GGGCGGGGCCUAGAGGCGCUAGGGCGGGAUUGGCCGGGGACGUUCGCGGAGUCCCGCCCCGGAGCCCGGGGUCGAGUCCCUCUUUUGCGCUCAAACGCACUGAGGGCGAGGUCGGCGCGCGGUGGCGUCACGGCGCCAGCUCCUCCCGACGCUGAGACCAUGGGGGCUCAGCUAAGCGGCGGCCGCGGCGCCCCGGAGCCUGCGCAGCCCCAGCCCCAGCCCCAGCCCCAGCCUGCGGCGCCGGAGGGCCCGGAACAGCCCCGGCCUCAGCCCCAUCCCGAGCCCGAGCCCAGCCCGUGGGGGCCGCUGGACGACGUGCGCUUCCUCAUCGCCUGCACUUCCUGGUACUGACGGCGUCUUCCGGAGGAUGCCGCCCGUCUGUCUGCCGUCCCCUGUGGUUCUUGCUUGCCUUGUCUCCUCUCCCCACGUCCCUGCGUCUCUUACACCCCCUUCCACCCGAGGCUCCCCAGAGAUAGCAGAGAAUUCGAAGAGGUCGCCAGGGACUGGAAAGAAGUCCCGGCCGGGCCGCCUUCGCGGCCUACAGCCCAGCCUGCACCCAGACCCAGCUCAGACCUUCGUGUUCACCCCAUCCCUUUCUCCGGCUGGCUGGGUCGGGGGCAUCCCUCUCUGUCGCUGGCUUCCAGAGGCAGGGCAGGCCUCCUGAUAAGCCCGUAAAGCUGCUCACCUCCUGACUUCGUCUGCCUUUUAUUAAUAUCUUAAUUGCUGAUAGCCGUGCUCUUGACUGUGUGUCUCCGGUCAUGGCACCAGGGGCCUUGACUUUGGAGAAGCCCUUGCCACAGUGACCCUCCCCAUACUCCUGAGGGGGGCUGCUCCCCAUCCUGGAUCCUCAGGACGCAUCUGGCAGCAGACCAGAUGCGUGAGGCAGCUCCCAGACACCCCAGAGGACCCCGGUUCUCCUCCCGGAGCUUAAGAUUACUUUUGGAACCUGAUCUUUGUUCCCUCAUCCCAGGGAAAUGACACACUCUGUAUUUCUGUUUUAUUUAUAAAUGAUUUAAAAAACAUUAUACAAAGGCUGAUCAGUUUAAAAUGUGACUGACACUGAAAUGCUGUGAUGUCCCCCAGGCUGAGGGGAAGCUAGGCUCUGGGGCCCCCAGUGCUUUGCCCCUCCGUCUGCCCUGUCCUGGGGUGAUGGACAAACAGAUGACCACAGGCAGGAGAAUCUGAGAUUGGAAGCCUCUAGGCUGAGGCCUCUGGGCCUGGCCCCAUAUCCCUCACCUCUGCAGCCUGGGCUGCCUGCCUCCAUCUCCUGCUCAUUCUCAGCUGGCCUGCCAGGAGCCAACAGGGAGCCUGGCGGGAGGCGGGGGUGCCUAGAGCUUUCAAGAAGUGAGAGCACCAACCUGAGGAGUGGACAGGGACCAGGAAGUGGGGGAAGGGAGGCCAGGAAGAGGUGGAUACAGGAGACACUUCUCAUCUCAUCUCAGACCCUAGAGGGGUCCACAGAUGGGGACAUAAGACACAGCCAGCCCACUGGAUGGCCCGGGCAAGUAACAACCUCUUUGUGCUUCAUCUGAGCACAUGGUGAGAGUUACCUUCGGCCUCCCAGGGCCUACACGAGUUUCAUGUGAGUGGACAGGUGUGAGCUAAUAAAGUGCUUUGCAAAGUAUAAAA